GUGUGUCGCUUGAAAGUGACGUCAUUUUCCGCGCGUCUGUAUUAUGGUGACGCAUAACUUGUGAGAAGACGGUCGCUAUUUCAAAUUGCUUCAGAUCCUCUUUCUUUUUGUCUUUUUUUUUUUUUACUUUUGAACUCACCCGUGCCGCCGGGCGACGCGUGAACUUACCAAAUUGACGCUGUGCCGGAGUUAAUCUUUUGCAGCGUAGAUGACUUUUGUCUGCUCGCUCCACUACACGGACACGAAACGUGACGGGGUAACAUCUCGCUGUGCGAAUUGAACCACACCGGGGUUUCUCAUUCCAUCUACCGCAAUCAUGGCAAGCGAGUGGGAAGAAAUUCGACGUCUUGCUGCUGAUUUCCAGAGGGCCCAGUUCGCCGAUACUGCGCAACGAUUAUCGGAGAGGGAUUGCAUUGAGAUAAUCUCAAAACUCGUGCGCGAGAAGAAGCUGGACGUGGUGCACACGCUCGAUGGGAAGGAGUACAUCACCCCGGCACAGAUCAGCAAAGAAAUCCGAGAUGAACUUUAUCGUCACGGGGGGCGCGUAAAUAUUUUGGACCUCCAGCAGAUUAUCAACGUCGACUGGUUCGACGUUGAAAAUCGAGCCAAUGACAUCGCAAAGUCGGACAAAAGCGUGCAGCUGGUGCUCGGCCAGCUCAUCAACGACACCUACCUGCACCGUCUGGCCGAGGAGGUCAACGAAACGCUCCAGGAAGCCGGUUUGAUCAGCAUCGCGGAGCUCUGCAAGAGCUACGACCUACCGGGGGAUUUCUUGAACGACGAGCUGUCCAAGCGCCUGGGCAAGGUGAUCCAAGGAGAACUGGAUCAGUCCAGUCAAGGGGUCAUAUUCACUCCCGGCUUCGUGGGCCGCCACACAGCCAAGAUAAGAGGGCUUUUCAGCGCCGUCACUCGGCCGACGCCCGUCGCCGGAAUGAUCGGCGCUUUUGGACUCCACGAGCAUCUCCUCUAUACGAUUCUGGAGGAGCUGGUGAGUAGCGGCCGCCUGAGAGGAACCGUAGUCGGGGGGCGACAAGACAACACCGUAUACAUCCCCGAUAUUUACUCCAAAACCCAGAACACUUGGGUGGAUUCUUCCCUCCGGCAGAACGGGUAUCUAGAGUUCGAUUCUUUGAUCCGGUUGGGCAUCCCCGAGCCCAAGAGCUACAUAAAAAAGCGCUUCAAGUCCAGCAAGCUACUUUUCCUCAGCACGGCUUGCGCGAGCCAGGCUCUGAUCGACCAGGUGGAGGCCUGUGUGGAGGAAGCGGUCAGCUCCGCCACCUGGAUCGACGUGCAGGCGAUCCUGCCGAGCUGCCUGUCGGAGGAGGACAUGGGGAUGUUGAUCAACCAGGCCAUGAGGAACACCAACGUGCAAUCCACCGCCAGAGUCCUGGGAGGCACGGUCGUCGUGAGUGAAAAAUGGAUCGGCGAGUGCUUGGCGCUGUUUGACGAUUCUAUACAACAGAAAGCUCGGAACGAGUUCAAGAGUAAUCCCGUGCUGCUGCUCACCGAAGAGGAUCUCAAGCAAGCGUCCGCGGUUGCGGAAAACUCCGGAAUGUCCAGAAAGGACAAGAGAGAAGCGGAGCGCAAGAAAAAAGGCACAGAGGGCAGCGGGACGGUGAAAGGGGGCGGAGGGGGCAACGCCAGAGAAAUCCGAAUUCGCAAAACCAAGAAGAAAGGGAGGAAAGACGACGACGACGGCUACGACGAAGAAGAAACCAAACCUCGGUAUAAAAAGGAGGAAGCCGCCUUUAUGACCCGGGAAGAAAUCGUAGCCGUACUGGAGGCCAAAGUCAGCGACGGUCCGCAAGAAAUCUUCCCCGAGCUGGCGGAGCAUUUCGAGCGGCCUUUGAGUAAAGCCUACCAGGAAGCGCUGCAGAGUUUGUUCUUGUCCACCACCUGCUCGCUCUCAGCCGCCAACAAAAAGUCGGUGAAGAACCUUCAGGAGGAGCUCACCAACCUGUACAACAACAUCAGACUCUUUGAAAAAGGUACCAGGUUCUUCUCGGACGAAACCCAGGUCGUCAUCGCCAAGCACGUCUUAAAAACCGUCGGCACCGACGUCACCAACAUCCUCGUCAACUUCCUCGCCGCCGACCUGAUGAUGUCCGUCGAGAACCCCGCCGCCAUAACCCCCGAGGUGCGGUCCAAGAUUCUGGCCAAGGUUUCAAACGAGACCAAAGUACCGCUGGUGAAGCUGCACAACUCCUUGAACGGUAAAACAAUCGAAGAGUUUCUGGAAAACUUCGAGAGAUCCGCAGAAGCGUGCGGCUUCAUGCUAAAGAAGGCCGACAAGAAAAAAGAGAGGGAGGCCUUCCUGCUGCACCGCCAGACCUUGACCGAGCAGUUGAACGAGACCGAGGACCCCGCUCUGGUCCUCCACCUCACCAGCGUGCUGCUGUUCCAGGACAGCACCCACUGCAUCCUGCACGCCCCGGGACGCUGCGUACCCAACAUUAUCGGUACCCUGACGGGCCGCAUACCCCAGGAAAAGCAGGAGCUGCUCAGCGCCUACCAGAGCCUGGUGGUGAAGCAACUGACGAGCCACAUCCAAGGACGGAAGCGGGACGAGGACGAGGAGCUCUCCGGGAUCCUGGCGCAGUUCAAACUGUUAACGCCGCAAGUCAAGGAGCUGGCGCUGUCCCAGAGGAAGACUUCGACGAGCGAGGCGCACGCUUAAAUAUGAAUUUGGGAUCUGUGUGAAUAAAAUUGAGCAAAAGCUUCUCAA